GAGGCUCUGGGUACCUGCAGCUCGGCCCAGCUUCUACCAGUCCCUGUGGCUGAGACCAAACGCAGAAAUGGGUCGGUGCCUCCUGCUGCUGCUCCUGGUCCUGUCCUCGCAGGUGGACUUCCUACAGGCUCUUCAGUGUUUCCAGUGUCAACGAGUCAACGCCAGUGGGGUUUGCCAGACCGGGGCGAGCGUCUGCCAGGCUGAAGGCUACCAGCAGUGCUUUCUGAGGAAGGUCUACAAAGAUGACACCCUUUCCUAUGGGUACCAAGGCUGCAGCAGUGUGUGCUACUCUAUGACCAUGUUUAAUAAGGAUGUUUCUUUGGAGGAGAAAUGUUGCAGCGACUCAUCUUUCUGCAACAAGUUCUAAAGCUGGAGGCCGCCCUGCCCUGACCCGAAGAAGCGGAAUCAACACACUUUGCAACUCUAAUGAUCCUCUCAACUGCUGUGCACUCACGACGGGCUGUCCGUAGGGGGAAGUCAUAAACUAGCUCUGUGCCAGGCUCAGUCGCCCUUUUCUUUCCCUCAUUGUGAGAGGCUCCCGGGAGAGUCUUCAAAAUCCAGUUGGGGUAAAGAGGGGUGGGCAUGGGCAGGGGCAAGUGUGCCUUCUUCCUCGCCAGGCCCGAGUCACGAAUCAUGCUUAUUUUCAUUUUUAAAACAGGGUCUGUGGGAGACUAUGGGGUCUAUGAUUCGAGGUGAUCUGGAGGAAGCCCGCUGAAGGAAGAAGGAGAGCCCUCAGAAGCUGAAAAGCGUAGGGAAAGAGUAGGCCAAAAGUGAUGUAUGAAUUGGAAGUGGCGAGCUGUUAACCCAAAUCUCUGAAAUGUUGGUGUCUUAAAACAAUAAAAAAAAAAUGAUUGCUAACCCA